UCACUGUAACAUGUUUAAUCGUAUUAUAAUAUAGCAUAAAGUAUGAUGCUUACAAUAAUUUAUACAGGCAUUCAUAUCAUUAUUUCAUUAAUACAUAAACACAGAAUACUAUGACGAUAAAGUGUCAACUUGGCUCCUAUUUUAACUGUAACAGUAUUUUCAAUAUGGCUAAAGUUUUGAUCGGAUGGUUUAUUAUUUAUUGUUGCAUUGGAUUAUUUGGUACAGAUGGAACUCUUUUGGACGUUCAUAUCUCGAAGAUAGUGACAGGAAAAAUAUACUUUCCUAUGGACCAACCAGUGGAAGAAGAUAAAAAUUACAGCUUAUCACAGUGUAUAUUGCAAUGUCGGAGUAAAUCAGCAACAUGCAAAAUGGUUAUAUAUGACUCAUCAAUAAGCGACUGUGGACUAAUCAGCAAGUUCUACGAUGAAAAAAGUCUAGCAGACUGUACUGAGCAAGUCAGGUCCCUUCGUUCUGAUAUUUUAGCAUAUCAGAUAUGAAGAACACGUAUUGAAACAGUUAAAGGUGACACAUUGUGGAUGUUUCAAGCAAUCAGUUAAUAACGAUUCAAUUUCAGAACAAUAUUCAAUGGUUUUUCCUCUGGAGCAAGGUUAUUUUGGAAAUAAUUCAUCACUGUUUAAUUUAAGACUGUUAUAAAAUUAAAUAUUACACCA